CAGUUGAGUCUUUCAGCCAUCAACAUAGAUACGCCCACGCCGCAAGUCACCAGAGAAAGUGCCUCAGGUGCAGCUGGGCUUCAAAUUCACCAUGGCCACACCCUCGUUUACCUCACGAUCCGUCCAUAGCGUCUUUUCGAAAGUUGUCACACCAAAUUAUAUCUGUCGAACAUGCAGAAACCAUCUACAGAGCCGACCGAAGCAGAUUCGCGAAGUUUCGAGUGUCACUACCUCCCCUUCCCUACGGAGAAAGUUGCGUAAUACGGGUUUGCCGCAGCACACCGCUUCCUAUGCUAGCCGCGCCGGGCAAGAUAACAUUCAACCUCGCGAGUUUCUGGGCGAAGAAGCACCACUGGUGGAAAUGGAACCAUACAACGAGGCGCGGAGUUGGGAAGGUCUCGAACACGUAGGACACAAGGGACACUGGAAGGAUCUCCCUGCACGACCCCAGGAUAAAUUCGACCCAUGGCUUUCACAAUCCGUUUCGCCGGUCUCAGACCGAACAGAAUUCCUGAAGCAUCUAUAUGUCGCAAUUGUCGAGACUCUUGCAGCCAAACAGGCAGCCCGUGUGCCAACGAGUGUCAAAGGUGUUCCCACCAGGAUAGAUACAUUGAAAAUUGCCCUUACACCGUCUGGCAUGUUGUCGCACUUGGAAGAUCCCACAGGCAUAUUGAGCCAGCGUGUAGUGUGGCGGUCAAAGCAAGUCUCGCCAGAAGCCAUCCAGCAGUUGUCCGACGCUAGGUUCGACUUUAACAGGCCUAUCACAUUCACGAUUCUGAAGCAAUUUUCUCAACUCUCACACCACCGAGUACCGGAUCCGAUUCUGAACACUGUGAUUCGCAACAACAAAACAGUGGCCGAAUUUGUCAGUCUCCUUACCGAGUCUGCGAAACCCAAACCAGUCAAGACUGCGGACGUUUUGAUCGCGAAACAGCAAAAAGCUCUUGAUCUCGCUGCAGUUGCAAGACAAAUGGAGGCCAGCAAGCCAAGAAGAAAGCCCCUCGGUCCCAACGUGAUGGUCCUUUCGAGGCGCGAAACGCCCGUUGAUAAAGAGAAGGAGACAGGCAGGUGGAAAGUCAUUGAGCGGGAGCUCAAGUCAAGAGGCUUGCCGGUGUUGGGUCGUAAACCUCUGGUGCCGCAGAAUGAAUCCGAAUGGGUUCAGACACUUUGAGCACCC